GUUGCUCAAAUACAUGGCAGUCGCUUAGGACCGAAGUGAACGAACAAUUACGAUUCUUUUUGCUGCAUCUGCAUACCAAAGACCCUGAACUUUCGGGAACCAGUACCCACCAAUCACACUAUUCGACCCGGCACCGCCUAGACCCUAAUAGUAGUUCACCACACACCGUCUUCACCAUGAGCCCACGACCUUCUCUCAUGCCGCCCAGCGAGGGCUCCUUCCUCUCAUCGGGCGCCUUUACUCCCUCCGGCCUCACACCCAACACACGUUCUCAAGCCGAAGCCGCCUUCACCUCCAACAGCACUUCGCAAACCGACGCAGCCGCCCCUGACCCAAACCUUCUGCCCUUAAUGGGUGCUGGUGGAGGAAACGAGACAACCACAGACAAUGGCCCAACUGAAGCUGCCCGGGCAUACACUGGCUACCGUCGGCCUGGCAUGGCUCGAGCAAGCUCAGCGAACUACGAGAACGCACUGAAGCGAGCGCAGCAAGCAUCCGUCUCAUCUGAUUUCUCUGCCGACUCUGAAGUACCCGACAACGUCACCACUGGCCAGACAGUCGCAUCGCCUACAGGUUCCACUCCAUUCCCACCUCCCGGCCAAGGCGUAGUGCCGCUUAACUACGGAUCUACCCCCGUCGGUGCCUCUCAAGGCGAUGCAGUUAAGAAGACUCGUUCGCGUGGCUUGAGUCUCAGCGGCCUUGCGCAGCAACAGGGCUGGAGUGAGCAGGACUACAAGCGUGUAUAUAGCGCCGAUUUGCUUACUGAAGACCCAAAGAACAGCGCUGGAUAUGGCUCAGGUCCGAAAUAAGAGGCGAAAUACGACAUCAAUGCGCAUGACGGCGUUCAUGCAGGCCGACGCUCAGCCAAAGGGGAUGCAGCGGGCACGAUCAGGACGGCCAGCUUGCUAUAACUGCUAUUAUAUUUUCCCAUAUCAUGAGCUACAUGCAAGGCGUUGGGUGGAGUUCUCCCAAAAAUCGAGGUCGCAGGCCUAUGAUCCUUUUCAAUACAUCGAUUAUGAUCCAACAUGGAUGCGCCAUCGUCGUCAACAUGCAAUUUCCAAUAGUGACUCGACAUUAAUAAGUACAGUGAAGGUAGAAAAAUAGCAAUUGCUAAUCGCGCAGCAUCAUGUUGCCCUCCAC